AAUUUGCCAUGGUCCCAACUCCAAGCUCUCGCUCGCUCGCUCGCUCGAUUGCUUGCUAAACCUCCUCCCUCGAUCCAUGUGUGUUGGUGCAAAUAUUUUAAACCUCAACACAACGUGGUCUGCGUGGCUUCUCCUGACACAAGUCCUUCGUCUUUGUCCCUUAACCGAGGCACUUGGCCGCCAUUAGAGCCCCACUUGCAGAUACACAAAAAUGGUGGUGGGACAGCAUGGCGUAUCCCUGGUUUCUCUACUUCGCUAUUUAUACUCGGAACUCGUCCAGUUGUUCCUCCCAUGCAGCCUUGUCUUCCUCAUUAACGCCUCACUAACUGCCACCCCUAGCUACCUCCCGAGUUCCUCCUCUGUUCUCGUAUCUCUACGGCCGGGCCUAUAGAUGUCUGCCAGGAGGUCUCGCUCGAGGCAGGCGGGCGCGGGGAGGAUCACCGACGAGCAGAUCGACGAUCUCAUGUCGAAGCUCCAAGCUAUUCUUCCUGAAGCUCGGCUCGGCCGCAACGACAGGGUGUCGGCGGCCAAGGUCUUGCAGGAGGCUUGCAGCUACAUCAGAAGCUUGCACAGGGAGAUGGAUGACCUGAGUGAGAGGCUGUCGGAGUUGCUCUCCACCACAGAGAUGAGCAGCGCGCAGGCCGCUGUCGUUCGGAGUUUACUGAUGUGAUGAACUAGAUUGGGUUUAGCUCCCUGCAGGUUUCUUCUACCUAUUAAUUAAUACCUGAGUGUUCUUCGAUCGAUGUAAUACUACUGCUUGAUUUUUAUUU